AUCGUUCGAGUGAAAACCCAGAUGCCAUUUUCUUCGGUUAACAAAGAUUUCCCACAGAUCUUCACAUUUCACUCCAUUUCUUGCCCUAAAAAAGCUCAAGAAAUCUUGCCCACUUUCAUUUCAAGAGAUCUCAACAAUUUUGCAUCAAUUUCAGAGAUCACCCACAAAUUCUUCAUUAGGGUUUUAUGAUUUCUUAAAUCUAGGGUUCUUACCUUCAUACCCAAUUCAUUUCAUCUUCAAACACCCCCCCUCUCAAAUUUUAUCGAUUUCAGAUGAGGGAUUUCCCUUCUUGCUUUGGUGAAAAUGGUGUUCAAGUUGCAGAUGCUUCAUCUUCUUCAUCAGGUGCUUCCAUGGCUACCUCUGCUACUACUACUAAAAUCAGUCAAAAUCUUGUUUCUUGUGUUUAUCAAUGCAGAUUACGCAAUUUCUCUUGUUUCAUUAUCACUUUUACUUGGACCAAAAACUUGAUGGGUCAAAAUCUCUGUGUUCAAAUCGACGAUUCCACCAACCAGUCUCUCUGUAAACUCGAGAUUAAACCCUGGUUAUUCUCCAAACGGAGAGGGUUUAAGAAUUUCGAAGUGGGCUCGAUAUUAAUCGACAUUUAUUGGGAUUUAUCGUCUGCGAAAUUCGGUUCUUCACCCGAACCGACCGAGGGUUUCUAUUUCGCCAUUGUUGUGAAUCAAGAUUUGAUAUUGGUUUUAGGGGAUAUGGAGAAGGAAGUCCAUAAGAAGAUAGAUUCAUCCAAGUUUACCCCGAACGUCGUUUUCGUUUCGAAACGAGAACAUAUUUGUGGGAAGAAAGUUUACUCCACAAGAUCUCAAUUUUGUGGAAAAGGGCAAAUUCAUGAUGUUUUGAUUGAAUGUGAUUUGAUGGGUACAAAUGAUCCAUUUCUUUUGAUUCAUAUAGAUGGUAAAAUUAUGAUGCAAGUGAAGCAUUUAAGAUGGAAAUUUAGGGGGAAUUACACGAUUUUAGUCGAUGGUUUGCCGGUUGAAGUGUAUUGGGAUGUGCAUAAUUGGCUUUACGGGAAGUUAACCGGUGAAGCUAUUUUCUUGUUUCAAACUUGUUUUUCGGCUGAGAAAUUGUGGGCUAAUGAUUCGAUUCCUGUUCCUUCGAGUUGGUCAAAUUCGUUUCGUAGAGAUCCGCAUUCGCAAGGUCUUGGUUUUUCGUUGGUGUUGUGUGCGUGGAAAAACGAGUAGACGUAUGCUUUUUGUCGUAUUCGGGUUUUUAUGCAAGAUGUUAUCGGAAUACAUACUUAUUAACUAUAAUCAAUGCAUUAUCUUAUUUGGUUCUUUUGAA